UAUAGUUGUACCAUUGUACGUUGCGUUUUAUUCUUCUGGCAAUACAUUUAUUACGACUGGCGGUCAAAGGUUUAAAGGUAGAAAAUGAAACGCACGUCAGGCAAUAAUGCGGACACCGCGGAAGGGGUCCUUCAGUCGAAUGUGCGCUUGUUUGGAUAGCGUCCCGAACACGUGAGUUCAGCAGGAGCGGAGAAGUGCAGAAAGCAGCAGUUCUUCAGGCACUCAGUCAAAACGCAACGCAGGUUUAUAUCCAGAGUUAUAUGCGUGUCCAACAUGGGCAGGAAAAACCGAAACAGACAAAGAGCUCAGCAGAACAGAGAUGGAAGAGCUGAGGGGAAAAGAAGCAGAGAUGACGCUGGCUGGGGAGCUGGAUACUCCGAGAUCAUCAAGGAAAACAAACUCUUUGAGCAUUACUACACGGAGCUGAAGAUUGUUCCCGAGGGAGAGUUUGAGGAGUUCAUGGAGGCCAUGAGGGAGCCACUGCCAGCUACAAUCCGCAUCACUGGAUACAAGAGUCAUGCCAAAGAAAUCCUCCAUACUCUUAAAGAGAAAUACUUCAAAGAGGUUCAAGAUCUUGAGGUGGAUGGGCAGAAGAUUGAGGCUCCUCAGCCCUUAAGUUGGUAUCCUGAUGAACUGGCAUGGCACACUAAUCUGAGCAGAAAGAUUCUGCGCAAAUCUCCACUCCUGGAGAAAUUCCACCAGUUCUUGGUCAGCGAAACGGAAUCGGGAAAUAUUAGCAGACAGGAAGCCGUCAGUAUGAUUCCUCCUCUUCUACUGAAAAUUGAGCCUCAACAUAAGAUUCUGGACAUGUGUGCAGCUCCAGGAUCAAAGACUGCUCAACUAAUCGAGAUGCUUCACUCUGACAUGGAUGUGCCUUUCCCUGAGGGUUUUGUAAUUGCCAAUGAUGUGGAUAACAAGCGCUGUUACCUGCUGGUCCACCAGGCCAAGAGAUUGAACAGUCCAUGUAUUAUGGUGGUCAACCAUGACGCCUCUAGCAUUCCACGUCUGCACUUUGAUCAGGACGGGAAGAAGGACGUCCUGUUUUAUGACCGGAUCCUGUGUGAUGUACCCUGCAGUGGAGAUGGAACAAUGAGGAAAAACAUUGAUGUGUGGAAAAAAUGGACAACCAGCAACAGCCUGCAGCUCCACGGGCUGCAGAUCAGGAUCGCAGUACGAGGUGUGGAGCAGCUGGCAGUAGGGGGCAGGAUGGUGUACUCCACCUGCUCUCUGAACCCCAUCGAGGAUGAAGCCGUCAUCGCUGCUCUGCUGGAGAAGAGUGAAGGUGCUUUAGAGUUAGCUGAUGCCUCUCCAGAUCUCCCAGGACUCAAAUAUAUGCCUGGAAUUGCAUCUUGGAAGGUAAUGACCAAAGAGGGUCAGUGGUACUCUGACUGGUCAGAGGUGCCGACAAGUCGACACACUCAGAUCAGACCCACCAUGUUUCCACCAACAGACCCAGAGAAGCUGGCCAAUAUGAAGCUGGAGAGAUGUAUGAGAAUAUUGCCCCAUCACCAGAACACUGGCGGGUUUUUUGUGGCUGUGUUGGUGAAGAAGGCGCCCAUGCCAUGGAACCGCCGUUACCCAAAGCUUCGUUAUAAGGAUGUGACCUCCUCCAGUGAGGCGGCUCCUGCAGAGGAGCUGCAGAUGGGGGAGUCUCCCGCUGACGUCCCACCAGCAGACGGCUCGUCCGCUGAUGCCCCUGUGGAAGCAGUGGAGGGCGAGACUCCUGCAGAGGGAAACCCGUCUGUUCCAGAUACUCCUGACCUUUUAGAGGUCAAGAAAGAUAAUGUCUGUGGCCCCCCUCCUCCAAAGAAGAUGAAACUCUUUGGCUUCAAAGAGGAUCCGUUUGUGUUUCUGACAGAGGAUGACCCUAUCUUCCCUUCCAUCCAAGCUUUCUACGACCUGUCUCCAGGUUUCCCCAAGCUGAACGUAUUGACUCGAACCCAUGAAGGAAAGAAGAGGCAACUGUACAUGGUAUCCAAAGAGCUCCGCAAUGUUCUGCUCAACAACAGCGAGAGAAUGAAGGUUAUAAACACAGGCGUGAAGGUCUGGUCCAGAAAUACUGAUGGAGAACAGUUCGGUUGUGCUUUCAGACUGGCUCAGGAGGGUAUUUACACGCUGUGUCCAUACAUCAGAGCCCGAAUCAUCAACAUCUGCGUGGAGGACGUGAAGGUGCUCCUCACGCAGGAGAACCCCUUCCUCAGGAAACUUGGAGAUGAUGCUCACAAUCAGGCCAAGAAACUUGGUCAGUGCCGUUCAGAGUCCUGCUGAUGCCACUUGUUUUAGUAUAUGAAUUAUUUGAACUCUUAGCCAUGUUAAAAUUAUUAGGUCGAUUUUGCCGUUUUAAAUGGUAAAAAGGUGAAUGAACCUUCAAGAGAUCACUGCUAUCAUACACGCACAAAUUAGAAAUAUA